GUAAACUCUGAGUUUGUGUCUUAAUGGCUCAAUUGAUCCCGAUUUGUUUGCAAACAAUACCCGCUUGCUGAGGUUAAGGUGUCGUAACCCGUUUGUAGAAAUAAUAGGGGGUACCGAUUGUUUACAUCGUUAGGGAUCGGACUGCGUGGACAUAUACUGUACAUGUAUAUAUCUAUGAUGUUUUAAACUGACCAGAAACAUGACCACUUUCUACAUCUUCCAAAUUGUGUUGGUAACGUUGGAACUUCCCCACGGGUUUACAGGAGGCCCCAUCUUCUCACAAUGCGCCCCCGCUGGGCACCCCUUGUCCAUACAGUGUGACAACUGGAGCGUCAUCUACGUCAGACAGACGAUGUACUCCGAGUACUACGGGGUUCUGAAUGUCGGCUGUCAGCUUCCGGCCUACAACAGCCUGUGUCAUGCCUUCAGUAACUCCUCGGACUUUUACUACAAUGGGAAGUACCAGGCGGAGCACACGUUCCUCUCACAGAAGUUGUCGUUCGUGGGUCGGACAUUCGGGGUGAACUGUAACGAAUCAGCUACUGUACGAGUUGUUCAAGUUCUCUAUGAGUGUCUUACCGAAUUAGAAAGACCCAGUAUAUGUGAGGAGAGAAACACCUUUGGGGAUGUCGACGGGAUGCUCUUUAACCCGGGCUUUCCUGACCCUGUUAGGAACCAGUAUGGCGAAUGUUCUUGUCGGAUAUCGGCAACAGACUGGGGUGUGGUAAGACUGAGCGCCAUCAUCAUCAAUCCCAUACACCCUCACACCGGAACAGGAAGAUGGAGUCUAAAUGUCAAACUUAACAAUGAACAGGUGUAUAGUCUUGACCAGAUGUACCGGCUGUCCGCAGACAUCGGAAUCCCAGACACCAACAGCCUCACUUUGGAGUACAGGAAUGGCGGCGACACCAUGUUCCUCCCCGUGAUGGUUCCUCGCGUCCCCUCGGGCUUCUGGGUCAAAUACUCAGUUUUUCCUGCCACGUCCAGGAUUUACAUGACGUGUUCGGUCAAAAAGAAAGAGGGGACACAACUCUCGCCGGGACUCCUCGCGGUGAUAGGUAGCAUCACGGUCCUGUCUGUGCUCAUCCUGGGGGUCAUUGCCGCCCUGUUUGUGAGAAGAAAUUUUAUAAAUAGAAGGAAGAACCCGCCCUUUGUCAGCCGAUGCUUGAAACAACACGGCAGCUCAAGUACCAGAAGCACUGCUUUCUCCGAACUCAACAAAGAGUUCCACUUCCUGCGCAGGUGCAACACAUUGUCGUCUCUAUCCAGAUACAACAGCCUACCUCCGAACUUUAUCUUUAAACACAAUCCACGGAAGAUGUCGUCUGCUAAAUCCCAAGAUUCCGGGAUAGCAGUGAUAGACUUUCACCGGAGUGAGUCGUUCAAAAAUGCAGUGAGUUCCGACAAAGCAGACGACAGUGUCGAAAACGAGGCUAAACUUGGGGAUAGUUCAAGUGCUAAACAGGAAGUGACGUCUGUCUCUGAGAAGGAGAAAAGUAGUGAUGUUUCACAAGACGUUCCCGAGUUUGGCUUUUAUGAAUUUUUGGCUGUAUUAGGUGCAACAAGUGACGAAAUCGAUGUAUAAAUGUGAAUGAGAUGAUAACCGCCAUUUGUGUUUGAUUGAAUGGCGUCCUGUAUAUUAGAUAAUUAUGAUUGAAUGGCGUCGUGUAUGUUAGAUGAUAAUGUAAGUUAAUAGAUUGCAUGAUGCAUGUUAUUGUUUGAUACAGGCAGCUGUGUUGAAUUAGGAGUUGC